GGGACCGAGAGCUGCGGACGGGCUGGAGGUACCCCACCGCGGGGUGGUGCUCUGACUGCGGGAACCGUUGAAGAGCUGCCCCCGGGGAGUCAGCGAGGCGCCACUGGUCUCUUAGACAUCUUCUCAAGAUUAUGCUAAGAGAAAUGACUGCACCCUUUUCCUGAGCUAUGGCAGUCAGACCUGGCAGUGGUAACUACUCUACAGAACUCCCAAACCUGGCAAGGAUGCUGCAGAUUUUGGCAGAUUAUGGCUUUGUCCCCACCCAGCACUGAUGAUAUUAUGAAACCUAUACUACAAGAAAUGAUAAUGGAAGUUCUUCAACUGAGCAAGAAAUGAUAUUAACAGAAAACUUGGAUCUUCGGGAGCAAAUGAAGAACAUCAGAAAUGUAGAAACAGCUGCUGAGAAGAGAUGACUAAAAGCUGAAAAGUGAAGAAUUAACACUGAUUUCUUGGCAGAAGCAGAAGCUUCAGGACUCCUAAAUUGAGGGAAUGAUCUAAAUUCCAAGGAUUAUCUCUCAGUGAGAACAAGCAACUUUCAUUGUUAGAGAGAGGAGAGAGAGAGAAGCCUUGUUGGUUGACGUCACUUGGUUCAUGAAGCCUUCGCCUAGAAGUGAAGCUGCUGAACAAACCUUGAGAAGAAUCAUCUCCUGCUUCAAUCUGCUGCUGGAUAGGAACUAAUCAGAGAGAGAGAGGCGGAAGACGGAGAAGGAGGGAGUCGAAGGCUUUCCCGAUCACAAAUCUCACCUCCACUACAACUCUCUUUAUACUUUUCUUGCAGAAAUAAUAAUAGAAAUCAGGAGGUGGUGGGGUUUCCAAAAAUCUUAACCUUCAACCAUCUGGGGAAAAGGCAAAAAUCCCAUCUACCGCAACUCUCAGUUCGAGAGUAAAGGUUUCCCAACAGUGAUGUCACAAGAUUGACCACAUUGAUCACAAUAUGGAGUCUGGAGAACGGUUACCAUCCUCAGCAGCCUCCUCUACUACACCAACUUCAUCUUCGACACCUUCUGUGGCUUCAGUAGUUUCAAAAGGUGGCCUUUCCACUGGAGUUGCUUCACUUAGCUCUACAAUCAACCCAUGUGGACAUUUAUUCAGAACAGCUGGGGAUCAACCGUUUAACCUGUCCACAGUGUCGAGUGCCUUCCCAAUGGUCAGCCACCCAGUCUUUGGUCUACAUUCAGCCAGCUCAGGGCAUUCAGAAUUUGGUGGUUUGGGGACACUUGGUACACCCACAGCCUUAGCCGCACAUCCCCAACUAGCAUCUUUUCCAGAAUGGUGGCGAACAACUGAUGCUCAUACUCGUACAGGAGCAACCUUCUUUCCACCAUUACUGGGAAUUCCACCACUAUUUGCUCCCCCAGCCCAGAAUCAUGAUUCUUCUUCAUUCCAUUCAAGGACUUCGGGAAAAAGUAAUCGAAAUGGUCCCGAAAAAGGUGUAAAUGGCUCAAUAAAUGGAAGUAAUACAUCAUCUGUAAUUGGUAUCAACACAUCUGUACUAUCCACUACUGCUUCAAGUUCCAUGGGACAAACUAAAAGUACAAGCUCAGGUGGAGGAAAUCGAAAAUGUAAUCAGGAACAAAGCAAAAACCAGCCUUUGGAUGCUAGAGUUGACAAAAUCAAAGAUAAGAAACCAAGGAAGAAAGCAAUGGAAAGUUCUAGCAACAGUGAUAGUGAUUCAGGCACAUCAUCAGACACCUCAAGUGAAGGCAUUAGUAGUAGUGAUUCAGAUGAUCUAGAAGAAGAUGAAGAAGAAGAAGAUCAAAGUAUUGAAGAAAGUGAAGAUGAUGAUUCUGAUUCAGAGAGUGAAGCACAACAUAAAAGUAACAACCAGGUGCUAUUACAUGGUAUUUCAGACCCAAAAGCAGAUGGACAGAAAGCAACUGAAAAAGCCCAGGAAAAAAGAAUACACCAGCCAUUACCUCUUGCGUCUGAAUCCCAGACUCACUCAUUCCAAUCCCAGCAGAAGCAGCCUCAGGUUUUGUCACAGCAGCUUCCAUUUAUUUUCCAAAGCUCUCAGGCAAAGGAGGAAUCUGUGAACAAACACACCAGUGUAAUACAGUCUACGGGAUUGGUGUCCAAUGUGAAACCUUUAUCUUUGGUAAAUCAAGCCAAAAAGGAAACUUACAUGAAACUCAUAGUUCCUUCUCCUGAUGUUCUUAAAGCAGGGAAUAAAAAUACCUCUGAAGAAUCUAGUUCAUUGACCAGUGAAUUGAGAUCCAAACGGGAACAAUAUAAACAGGCAUUCCCAUCACAGUUAAAGAAACAAGAGUCAUCGAAGAGCCUGAAGAAGGUUAUUGCAGCUUUGUCAAAUCCAAAAGCAACCUCUAGUUCACCAGCACAUCCAAAACAAACAUUAGAAAACAACCACCCAAAUCCAUUCUUGACAAAUGCACUUUUAGGUAAUCACCAACCAAAUGGAGUUAUUCAAAGUGUCAUUCAAGAAGCUCCUCUAGCACUUACUACCAAAACUAAAAUGCAGAGCAAGAUUAAUGAAAACAUUGCUGCUGCAAGUAGCACCCCUUUUUCCUCACCUGUAAAUUUGAGUACAAGUGGGAGAAGAACCCCUGGCAAUCAGACACCUGUAAUGCCCUCUGCCUCUCCCAUCCUGCAUAGUCAAGGGAAGGAAAAAGCAGUUAGCAAUAAUGUAAACCCAGUAAAAACACAGCAUCACUCCCAUCCUGCAAAAUCUUUAGUGGAACAAUUCAGAGGAACGGAUUCAGACAUUCCCAGUAGUAAAGAUUCUGAAGAUUCAAAUGAGGAUGAAGAGGAAGAUGAUGAGGAAGAAGAUGAGGAAGAUGAUGAAGAUGAUGAAUCUGAUGACAGCCAAUCAGAAUCAGAUAGUAAUUCAGAAUCAGAUACAGAAGGAUCAGAAGAAGAAGAUGAUGAUGAUAAAGACCAAGAUGAAUCAGAUAGUGAUACUGAAGGAGAGAAAACUUCAAUGAAACUGAAUAAAACAACUUCCUCUGUCAAAAGCCCUUCCAUGAGUCUCACAGGUCACUCAACACCUCGUAACCUCCACAUAGCAAAAGCCCCAGGCUCUGCUCCUGCUGCCUUAUGUUCUGAAUCCCAGUCACCUGCUUUUCUUGGUACAUCUUCCACACUUACUUCAAGCCCACACUCUGGCACUUCCAAAAGAAGAAGAGUAACAGAUGAACGUGAACUGCGUAUUCCAUUGGAAUAUGGCUGGCAGAGAGAGACAAGAAUAAGAAACUUUGGAGGGCGCCUUCAAGGAGAAGUAGCAUAUUAUGCUCCAUGUGGAAAGAAACUUAGGCAGUACCCUGAAGUAAUAAAGGGAAUGCAGUGGUGUCUUUUGAAAGAAGAGGAUGUCAUUCCUCGUAUCAGGGCAAUGGAAGGUCGUAGAGGAAGACCACCAAAUCCAGAUAGACAACGAGCAAGAGAGGAAUCCAGGAUGAGACGUCGGAAAGGUCGACCUCCAAAUGUUGGCAAUGCUGAAUUCCUAGAUAACGCAGAUGCAAAGUUGCUAAGAAAACUGCAAGCUCAAGAAAUAGCCAGGCAAGCAGCACAAAUAAAGCUUUUGAGAAAACUUCAAAAGCAGGAACAAGCUCGGGUUGCUAAAGAAGCCAAAAAACAACAAGCAAUAAUGGCUGCUGAGGAGAAGCGGAAGCAAAAAGAACAGAUAAAGAUUAUGAAACAGCAGGAAAAAAUUAAGAGAAUACAGCAAAUCAGAAUGGAAAAAGAACUUCGAGCUCAGCAAAUUCUAGAGGCUAAAAAGAAAAAGAAGGAAGAAGCGGCAAAUGCCAAAUUAUUGGAGGCCGAGAAACGAAUAAAGGAAAAAGAAAUGAGAAGACAACAAGCUGUUCUUCUGAAACAUCAGGAACGAGAGCGAAGGCGACAACACAUGAUGCUUAUGAAAGCUAUGGAAGCUCGUAAAAAAGCAGAAGAAAAAGAACGGUUGAAGCAAGAAAAACGUGAUGAGAAAAGAUUAAAUAAAGAGCGUAAACUAGAGCAGCGAAGAUUAGAAUUAGAAAUGGCAAAGGAACUAAAGAAGCCUAAUGAAGACAUGUGCUUAGCAGACCAAAAGCCUUUGCCAGAGUUGCCUCGUAUUCCAGGACUUGUUCUCUCUGGAAGUACAUUUUCAGACUGUCUCAUGGUGGUGCAGUUCUUACGAAACUUUGGUAAAGUUUUGGGCUUUGAUGUGAAUAUUGAUGUUCCAAACCUGAGUGUUCUUCAAGAGGGAUUGCUAAAUAUAGGGGACAGCAUGGGUGAAGUACAAGACUUGCUUGUGAGGCUCCUCUCAGCUGCUGUAUGUGAUCCAGGUCUAAUAACAGGAUACAAGGCUAAAACAGCUCUUGGAGAACAUUUGCUGAAUGUUGGUGUGAAUCGAGACAAUGUUUCCGAGAUUUUACAGAUAUUUAUGGAAGCCCACUGUGGACAAACUGAGCUUACUGAAAGUCUGAAGACCAAAGCUUUUCAGGCUCACACUCCAGCACAGAAAGCUUCAGUCCUGGCUUUCCUGAUCAAUGAACUGGCAUGCAGCAAGAGUGUGGUCAGUGAAAUCGACAAGAACAUUGAUUAUAUGUCAAACUUGAGGAGAGAUAAAUGGGUGGUAGAAGGUAAACUCCGCAAGCUCAGAAUCAUUCAUGCUAAGAAAACAGGCAAAAGAGACACUUCAGGUGGCAUUGAUCUGGGAGAAGAGCAACAUCCCUUGGGCACACCCACUCCAGGACGCAAGCGAAGAAGGAAGGGAGGAGACAGUGACUAUGACGAUGAUGAUGACGAUGACAGUGAUGACCAAGGGGAUGAAGAUGAUGAGGAUGAAGAAGAUAAAGAAGACAAAAAAGGAAAAAAGACUGAUAUCUGUGAAGAUGAGGAUGAAGGUGACCAAGCAGCAAGUGUUGAAGAGCUGGAAAAACAGAUUGAAAAACUGAGUAAACAACAGAGUCAGUACAGAAGGAAGCUCUUUGAUGCGUCUCACUCAUUGCGUUCAGUGAUGUUUGGCCAAGAUCGUUACAGACGCCGGUACUGGAUUCUUCCCCAAUGUGGGGGGAUUUUUGUAGAAGGCAUGGAGAGUGGUGAAGGACUAGAAGAAAUUGCAAAAGAAAGAGAAAAACUGAAAAAGGCAGAAAGUGUCCAGAUCAAAGAAGAAAUGUUUGAGACUUCUGGGGACAGUUUAAAUUGUUCAAAUACAGAUCACUGUGAACAAAAGGAAGAUCUUAAAGAAAAAGAUAACACAAAUCUAUUCCUUCAGAAACCUGGCUCUUUUUCCAAAUUAAGCAAGCUUUUGGAAGUAGCUAAGAUGCCUCCUGAGUCAGAGGUUAUGACCCCCAAACCAAAUGCUGGUGCAAAUGGGUGCACGUUGUCUUAUCAGAACAGUGGAAAACAUUCACUGGGCAGCGUUCAGUCAACAGCAACGCAAAGCAAUGUGGAAAAGGCAGACUCUAAUAAUCUGUUUAAUACUGGUUCAAGUGGUCCAGGGAAGUUCUACAGUCCUCUCCCCAAUGACCAGUUACUAAAAACACUGACUGAAAAGAAUAGACAAUGGUUUAGUCUUUUGCCACGAACACCCUGUGAUGACACUUCACUUACUCAUGCCGAUAUGUCAACUGCUUCUUUGGUGACUCCUCAGUCUCAGCCACCAUCUAAGUCACCUUCACCUACCCCAGCUCCUCUUGGAUCUUCUGCUCAGAAUCCUGUUGGCUUAAAUCCAUUUGUUUUAUCACCUCUUCAGGUGAAAGGUGGAGUAUCUAUGAUGGGACUUCAGUUUUGUGGAUGGCCCACUGGUGUGGUUACUUCUAAUAUUCCAUUUACAUCAUCUGUACCUAGUCUAGGAUCGGGGUUAGGGUUAUCAGAAGGAAAUGGUAAUUCAUUCUUGACUUCCAAUGUUGCUUCAAGUAAAAGUGAAUCUCCAGUACCACAGAAUGAAAAGGCCACUUCAGCUCAACCUGCAGCUGUUGAAGUAGCAAAACCAGUAGAUUUUCCUAGUCCAAAACCUAUUCCAGAAGAAAUGCAGUUUGGUUGGUGGAGAAUUAUUGACCCGGAGGACCUAAAAGCUUUGCUCAAAGUGCUGCAUCUCAGAGGAAUAAGAGAAAAGGCAUUACAAAAACAAAUUCAGAAACAUUUGGAUUAUAUUACUCAAGCCUGCCUCAAGAAUAAGGAUGUUGCUAUUAUUGAACUGAAUGAAAAUGAAGAAAACCAAGUAACUCGAGAUAUUGUGGAGAACUGGUCAGUAGAAGAACAAGCAAUGGAAAUGGAUUUGAGUGUCCUUCAACAGGUAGAAGAUCUAGAAAGGAGAGUUGCAUCAGCAAGUUUGCAAGUGAAGGGUUGGAUGUGUCCAGAGCCUGCAUCAGAAAGGGAGGACUUGGUAUAUUUUGAACAUAAAUCAUUUACUAAAUUGUGCAAGGAGCAUGAUGGAGAAUUUACUGGCGAAGACGAAAGCAGUGCACAUGCACUAGAACGGAAGAGUGACAACCCCCUAGAUAUAGCUGUAACCAGGCUGGCUGAUUUGGAGCGGAACAUUGAAAGAAGAAUUGAAGAGGAUAUUGCUCCAGGGCUCAGGGUAUGGAGAAGGGCAUUAUCAGAAGCUCGCAGUGCUGCACAGGUAGCUCUGUGCAUUCAGCAAUUACAGAAAUCAAUAGCAUGGGAAAAAUCAAUUAUGAAAGUUUACUGCCAAAUCUGUCGAAAGGGAGAUAAUGAAGAACUGCUUCUUCUUUGUGAUGGCUGUGACAAAGGCUGUCAUACCUACUGCCAUAGACCCAAGAUUACAACAAUCCCAGAUGGAGACUGGUUUUGUCCAGCUUGCAUUGCUAAGGCAAGUGGUCAAACUCUAAAAAUCAAAAAACUUCAUGUCAAAGGAAAAAAGACUAAUGAGUCAAAGAAAGGCAAGAAGGUAACUUUAACAGGAGAUACUGAAGAUGAAGACUCUGCAUCUACAAGUAGUUCACUAAAAAGAGGAAACAAAGACCUCAAGAAAAGAAAAAUGGAGGAAAACACUUCUAUUAACUUGUCAAAACAAGAAAGUUUUACUUCAGUUAAGAAACCUAAAAGAGAUGACUCCAAGGACCUAGCUCUUUGCAGUAUGAUUCUGACUGAAAUGGAAACUCAUGAGGAUGCAUGGCCUUUUCUACUUCCUGUAAACUUGAAACUUGUUCCUGGUUAUAAGAAAGUUAUUAAGAAGCCUAUGGAUUUUUCCACAAUUAGAGAGAAACUAAGUGGUGGACAGUAUCCAAACCUUGAAACCUUUGCUCUAGAUGUCAGGCUUGUUUUUGACAACUGUGAAACAUUUAAUGAAGAUGAUUCUGAUAUAGGCAGAGCUGGCCACAAUAUGAGGAAGUAUUUUGAAAAAAAAUGGACAGAUACUUUCAAAGUGAGCUGAAGUUAUAAUAAUCUCUUUAUUUUUUUCCUUCUAAACAAGGACAAAUGAGACCAGCAAUGUGAACUGUAUUUACAUAAACGUGCAAGGCACAUACAUAAUGACUUUCUUUUUCCUUAAGUAUAAAAAAAAAGUAUCAGAAGAAUGAUACCAUUUUUAAAGGCUUCAUUCCUACAACAACCAAGGCCCUCGGUUAUUGGUUUGUGUGAUUUAUCAGCUAAUUUAGGUAGAACAGGGAAGCACACCCAAAGAAUUUUCAAAGGAAAGGGUGUUAUAGUGCAAUAGCAAUUAAAAUAUAUCAAAUCGCACUGAAUACUCAACACCAGAGCUCUAAUGUGGGAAAUGGUUCUCCUUUCCCUCUCAAUAAAUAUCUAUUUUUCAUUUUUUUACUUUGUAGUUUAUUUUUUAGUGAAUGUAUUUAAUUUUAUGAAUUAUUUAUGAUUAAACCACAUCCAGAAUCUUCGUUUUCUGUGAAAAGGAAGAACUAGAAAAUUGCUUUAAAUCUUGAAAAUACAACAAGGAAUGUUUUAAAAUAUAAAACAAAGCCAAGUUAAACUGUUUACACUGAUGUGCUAUAAAAGCACCAAAAAGAAACUUUACUGUAGAGUUACAAGUACAUUUAUAUAUAUAUGUUGCUGCAUCACUUGUGUAGUUAAAUUGUAUUUCAAAACAGUGAAAAAAUUGACAUGUAUAUACUGUUCAUUCUUGUUUAUAUUAAGUCUUGUUUUAAAUAUGUAUUAUGUGUAUAUAUUGUUUGCAGACAUUAUUGUUCAUGCCUUAGAGGAUUGUAGCAUUUUAUUUUCAUCUGAAGGUAAUGAUAGCUAUACAGUCUGUACAGUAAUUAUCCUCUACCAACACUGUGGCGUCUCCUUAAUCUUGGUAGUGCCUGCCUUUGAAACAGGGUGUAGGGGAUAUUAGUUUUCCAUUUUUCUAUUUUGUUAUAUAAUUUUAAGCCACCAGGGCCUAAAUUAAAGUAUAAUCAUUUGUAUCCAUGUGGAAUAAAAUUGUGACAAUUUCCUACGCACACAGUAUUUUUUCAUAGAAACAUUUCCCUCCCAUUUGCCUUGCCUCAGAAAUAAAUUUAAAAGACGUUUGUAACCACUGUGUUUUAUCUACUGUGUGUUGUGGUGGCCUGUUGGAGGCAAAUAGAUCAGAUUUUUUUUGUACCUAUGUAAGAGUACUUGAAGUUUUAUUUAAAAUAAAAUGUUGUGGAAAAGGUAGCAUUCUUUUUUUAGGAGUGUUAUUUUUCACUAUGUGUGGCACGGAUACAAUAAAAGACUUUUACAAACUAA